GUAGCUGUAGUGUCUGGGGAAAAAAAGUCACAGUGCAGUCUGAAGCAAGGGGGGUGGGGGAGAGGUGUUAGUGGCAGUGUAGGUUCUUGAUGACGGUUUGGUGUUCCCUGGAUUUCCCCUCACUGGCAGCCUUUGGGGCAAAUGGCUGGGCCACCUAAAGAACUUCUCACCUGCCACCCGCUCCAGCAGCCCAAAGGGUGUUGCUGUCCUGCAGUAUUCCUCUGAAGCUCACGAGGAAGGUAGGCUUCAGCGUACCCCACAGUGCUUGGCUUCCCACCCAGGACACAGCAGUAGUGGUGUCACCUACCUGUCUCCUUGUCCACCUGUCAGUGUCUGCAGAUGCUCACUGUUGACAGAGGCAGAGCAUUCAACAGCCAAGUCUGGUUUUCAAAAUGUUGCAAGUGAAUGUGUUACCCACUGCAGUAUUUGACCGAGACAUAGGGUCUGAAUUUCAGCUGAUUUUGAAAAUGACGGCUGGUAAAUCACUAGGAUCAGAUUGCUUAAAGGUAUUUAGAAUACCUUGAGCCUUUUGGCUUGGCCACACUAAAAUUCUGGGUUUAUAUUUUUUUUCUAUGUGGGAUCUAAAUCCUUGCUAAACAGAAGGUAAUACAUGGAGGUGUAUUGUAAAGCUUAAAUUGUUGCCAACUAAGAAUGGCUUUAGUACUCCUGCAUUCCUUCUUGGAGGGAUGUUUUUCCUCCUUGUGUUUUCUGUGGUCGCUGGGAUAGGAUGGCUCACUAUAGUUCAUAGAUUUGCUAUGUUAUUUUGACAGAGAAAUUUGCUGAAGUGCAGAAAAUAAUUGGGAUAUUUUAAUAUGUCUGCAGCACUGGCUGUUGUAGAACAGAAAGGAUUCUCACUAGUACUGACACAAAGUAAUGGAUGUUUGCCUGAAGUAUCCAGUGCUGGAUAGUCACGUACAUACUGGUGCAAAGUUAUUUGCGGUUGUGUAAAGCAUUGUCUUGGCAAGAAACAAUGGUGGUGUCUUUAAAAAAAAGUACAGCUACUGCAUGAGGUAUGGCAAGUAAAAAGCUUUAUGGAGUCACGUAUUUUUUCAGGGCGUUUUCUUCAGUCAGCUGAAAAUCUCUUUAGAGUCAAGCUUUUCUAAUCAACAGUUUAAGUCUCUGUGAGGGAGGGGAAAAAAGUUAUUUAUUAACUUGUUUUCCAUUGGGUUUGAACGGUUUGCAUCUGUUUGCGAAAAUAAGAUUAAAGGGAAGUUCUGCUUUAUAGAGCCCUCUAGUGGUGAUGUGCUUAAUAAACGUAGGAGGGUUUUGCUUUUUUAGCGUGGUUAGCACUGAAAAUGGGAAAGAGGUUUUGUUUUGGUUUUAAAUUUUUAAAUUUUUUUUUUUUUUUUUAACGCAAACGGUAAGUUUCUCUACUCUCAUCACUUGUGGAUUGAAAUAUACUUUACACAUAACUGAAAGCAACUUGCUAAACCCUGUAAUGAGUUUUGCAUUGCCCCAUAUCUAUACAGAUACCUACUGAAGAAUACAGAUACAUAAUUGAAGAAUGGACUUAAAUAGAAAAUGUGAUUUGUUGCAACUGAUCUGGGACACGUGGGAAGGAAAAGCAUCACUUGAGGUUAUAAAGUGCCCCUCUGACACUAGUAAUACUAUCUGAUAUUGGAGGAUAAAAACAGCCUGAGGUUUUGGAAUGUUUUUUGGUUUUUUUCUUAUACUAGUAUUAAAAAGCAAUGUGGUAAGCCAUAUUUUAUCUGCCUUAGGAACUGUGGUUCCAACUUUCUAGAUUAUCUAUAUACUUUAAUACUUAAUUCCUUGCUUUAUCUUUUUGGCUUGUUUUAUGAACUGCAGUGUUCUAGAAAAGAUUACUUUUAGAUUAAUGAUAAGUAAUGUCUGCCUUUAAUUUUUACUUUUUUUUUUUCUUAAUUCCUGUUGCUGUAAAAUUCGCCAAAUUUAAGAGGAGACAGACACAAUGCGAUGGUAUAUAGGAUGGACUGCACACAUUAGAAACUUGCUUUUUAACCAACAAGUAUGUAUAAAAUUUGUGUGGUCUCAUUAACUGCCACGCUAAGUCUGGAAUCCUAUCUGAAUAAAAAUAGCAAUGCUUUGCUUUUCUGAGACAUUCAGCAUUGCAAGCUCUGACUUCUGUGGAAGCUGCAAGAUCUGAGAUGCUUUUGAAAAUCUUGCCAAAGUUUCAGGGGAGGAAAGCAAAGAUAUCAAUUUAUCACUAUGCUUUUAUCUUUCGAGGCAGGACUAUGGGGCACUAGGGAAGUGGCUUCAUUGCCAAACAGAUCGUCUUUUCUUUCAGAACCCUCCCACCCUGUUCCUGCUUAAUCCUCUUCUGACAGGAAAAAUACCGUAAUAAUAGAAGUACCGUGAGAACUGUAAGAGUGAGUGUAGAUUUGUGGCAUUAAAGAAAAUGUUUGCUGGUAGAACUGUGACACAUAAUCGUCUGUAGUAAUGAUGACUAGAUGUUGUGACUGCCCAAGUUUUUUAUCAAAAUUUUCUUACUUUAGAUUAGGUGAAAGAUGCAGGAUGUCUGUUUUGGAAAGCUGAGGAGUGGGAGGGAAUGCUCUAUGAGUGUUUCAUGGGUUAGAGAAGGGAGAGCUUUUCAAGUAUACUUCCUUUCUAUGGGAUGGCUAUAUUCCUCAGUACUGCCUGUGUCACUACACCCUUAUUGCUGCUCAGAAGUCACAGCCCUAGUCUGGGAGCCUGCCUGAGCUGCCUGCAAACCACAUACAACUGAAGAACCACUGGUUGCUCAUCCUUCUCACUUUUAUACCCAUUAUGAGUACAAAACUGGAGGCAAAAACCAUAUGAAGGGGAACCGGCGGGAAACACCUUCUUUGAUUGCGUAUACUGAUACUGCAUAUAAGCUCUUGGGCAAGGGUUUAUUGCAGCUAAUAUUUAUGCAGGAUUUUGUGAAAGGUCUUUACUUUGGUGUGCUGCUACCCUCAUUCUUGAAGAGAAGAACACACGAGCUUCUGCUGCUCAGGGCUUUGGAAAAUGCCUAAUGAUUUUCUGCCCAGUAACAUGCUUUGGAAAAUUUGCCCGAAGUAAGCUUACAUGUGUGUGUUUGGGAGAGGGAAGGUGUCAGACUUGUAAGACAUAUUCAACAACGAUUUUCUGCAGACCGGGCUAUUUUAGAAAUGUAGCAAUUGGAUUUUCUGAAAGUCAUGCUUCACUUCAGAAAAUACUGGACUGUGUUCUUGUGUCUUCUGUCUGUGUCAGUUUGAGAGUUUAAAUCAAACGAGGAAUCUUAAAGAAGUAGGUCUUUAAGGAUUUGAAGGGAUGGACUUUAGAGUAAGCAUAUCCUGCUUUUUAAAGAAAUUGACAUUUGUGUCUAUGUUGUGCUGCAGUUUUGUGUGUUCACUGUGAUGAUGGGAGUUAAUGCCAAGCCAGGCUGAUGACCAACUGGCCUGAGCCAACUUUUGUUGAGGUUUCCGAAGCAUUGCACAAGAGGUUUGAAGGAAAAAGUUUGGGGGCAUGUGACAGUUAAUCUCUUUAGCAGUAAGAAUGAAGUUUAAGCAUACUGUUGGAAAUGUACUCUGUUCUGUGCUGCUCUUUGUUUUAAUUAACAAUCUCCUGCAGAGAUUGGGAGUGUAAACUUCUUUGCACUUUAGUCCAAUUAAAUCAUGCUUGGAGGCUGUCAAUGGUGGGGGGGAACUCCCCCCUACCCCCCUUUUUUUUAAUUGUUCAGUGAGGCUGUUGAAUAAUGAAAGAAUUUGCCUGACAGGGUUUUGUAGUGUUUCGUCGUCUUGAUGAAUUAUUGCAGAGGAUAGACGAGUCUCUUUUGUCCAAAAUGCAUUGGAAUGAUUCAUCCAAUUCCUCAGAAAGUGACAAUGAAGCUCAUUCAGCCUUUACACAGACUGAGCACAACAUAGUUGCAGCUUACUUAAUAACAGCAGGAGUGAUAAGCAUUUUCAGUAACAUUGUUGUGUUAGGCAUCUUUGUUAAGCACAAAGAGCUUCGAACAGCAACCAACGCAAUUAUUAUCAACUUGGCUUUUACUGACAUUGGUGUUAGUGGCAUUGGUUACCCCAUGUCUGCUGCCUCAGAUCUGCACGGAAGCUGGAAAUUUGGCUAUACUGGAUGCCAGAUCUAUGCUGCCUUAAACAUCUUUUUUGGGAUGGCGAGUAUUGGUUUGCUCACUGUUGUUGCAGUUGACCGUUAUCUGACAAUCUGCAGGCCUGAUAUAGGAAGAAGAAUGACUACCCGUAGCUAUGCCACUCUAAUCCUUGCUGCUUGGAUAAAUGCAGUCUUUUGGGCUUCCAUGCCUACUGUAGGCUGGGCUAGCUACGCUCCGGAUCCAACUGGAGCAACGUGCACAGUAAAUUGGAGGAAAAAUGAUGUGUCCUUUGUUUCCUACACAAUGAGUGUAAUUGCUGUUAAUUUUGUUGUACCCUUAACAGUCAUGUUUUACUGUUAUUACAAUGUUUCCCGGACAAUGAAACAAUAUGCCAGCACUAACUGCCUGGAGAGCAUCAACAUAGAUUGGUCUGACCAAGUAGACGUGACAAAGAUGUCUGUUGUGAUGAUUGUAAUGUUCUUGGUGGCGUGGUCUCCAUAUUCUAUUGUGUGUUUAUGGUCUUCCUUUGGAGACCCAAAGAAAAUUUCUCCUGCAAUGGCCAUCAUAGCUCCUCUAUUCGCAAAAUCUUCCACAUUCUAUAAUCCCUGCAUUUAUGUUGCUGCAAACAAAAAGUUUCGGAGGGCAAUCCUGGCAAUGGUGCGAUGUCAGACAAGACAAGAGAUAACUAUAAACAAUGCCUUGCCCAUGAGUGUAUCUCAAAGUGCAUUGACAUCGUAGAACUCACGUCAUUUGCCUGCAUAAAUUAAACGGAAAGGAGUGAAAUCUGGGUUAAAGUUAAUUAAUCUUUUGGAAGAUUAAUCUUUUGGAAUAAUAAUCUGCCCCAGCCAGCCAGCUGUUUUCUGUUAAUCACAGUAAUCUUUUUAGAU